CCGCAGAUCCCGCCCCCGGACACUCGCUAUUGGCCGGGGCCCGCGAGCGACCGAGGCGGCGAUUGGUCGUCCGCGCCGUCCAUCAGGCAGCCGGAGGUGGGGCCGAGCCCGGAGCCGGGUGAUUGACAGUGGCUGAGGGCUGGUUGCGGCGCUACUUGUAUCCGAGUGAGAAGCUGCCAGACACAAAGUAGCACUUGGUGUUUCCGGAGCCAGGCCGGCUAGGAGGCUGAGUAACGGGGACUGGACCGGACUAUGCCGUCUCACAACUGAGAGGUAGCCAGCUGCCCUCCCUGUGACAGGGUCCAGACAGCAAGCAGCUCUCAGCCAGCGAAGGUUCCCCCUUCUCUCUCUGUCCCCCCCUCGCUCUCUCCCUCUCGGGGCCGCCUGGCUGCCUUUAUUUAAUUUUAUUUAUUUUUUCCCCUCCUCUUCCCCUUCCAAUAUUAAAUGUACAACUUGAUGGGUCUGAACAGCACAGCCGCAACGAAUCAGCCCAAUGUUUCCUGCACAUGUAACUGCAAACGCUCUUUGUUCCAGAGUAUGGAGAUUAAGUCGAAUUUGCUACCACGUGGAGAGGUUGAAGCUAAUAGCACAGAUAAACACAUGAGGGAGGAAGGAAAUAGAGCUGAGCUGGAGUUUGUGCAGAUUAUCGUGAUAGUGGUGGUGAUGAUAGUGAUGGUCGUGGUGAUCACCUGCCUCCUCAACCACUACAAACUCUCCACACGAUCGCUAAUAACCAGACAGAGCCAAAUGCGAAGGCAAGAAGGCAACCUGCAGUCGCACCAGAUCUACACGCCCAGGACGACAGACAGGCUGACGGUGCCGUCGUUCCUACACCGUGACCGCUUCAGCCGCUUCCAGCCCACCUACCCCUACAUGCAGCACGAGAUCGACCUCCCCCCCACCAUCUCGCUGUCGGACGGUGAGGAGCCCCCACCCUACCAAGGCCCCUGCACCCUCCAGCUCCGCGACCCCGAGCAGCAGAUGGAAUUGAACCGGGAGUCGGUGCGGGCUCCGCCGAACAGGACGAUCUUUGACAGCGACUUGAUAGACACGUCGAUUUAUAACGCUGGACCCUGCCCGCCCAGCUGUAACUCUGGCGUCAGUGCCACCAGCUACAGCAGCAACGGCAGAAUGGAGGGACCACCGCCCACUUACAACGAGGUCAUCGGUCACUAUCCGGGGUCGACGUUUUUCCAGCAUCAGCAGAGCCACGGCGUUCACUCUCUGAUGGGUGGAAGCAGACCAGAACAACCUCAGAACAAUGGCCUCGAGGGGACAGUUCUCCGGAACAGCAAAGACAAAAAGACAGGGCACCCCUUCUGAGACCAACUUUGUGCACUUCAAUGAAAGCUAGAGAGUUUGGGUGAGCCGGAAGGUGUGCUCAGCUAUGCUUGCUGCCUCCCACUCCCCCUCCUCCCUCUCUCCACCAACCCUCCCCCCUCUCCCCAAACACUCCUCCAUGGUAUAAAAUACUUAGUUAUCUUGCAUCUGAAUUGAACACUCAAGCAUAAAGUUGCAGGUGGUUCUACAAGCUAUAUUAGAUAAGGGAGUUCCAGUACCCUGUUUAAACUUAAGGUCUCUUUUAAAGUAACACAAUGUGCGUAAAAAUGCUGUCUUUAAUUACCUUAACUUUAAAGAAACAUUUGCACAAAAUUUUAUGUUUGAAAACCUGCAAUAUGUCUAAUGAGAAACGUGCAUGUGGAGCAGGCAUAUUUUUGUAACAGAAAUGGCCUAUAUGUUUAGUUCCCAGAUGAGAGAAAUGGCAGUUUUUUGAGUGCCAUAUCAAUGUGUCUCUAACAUUCUGUAUUUAAAAAAAACAGGGGUUUAGAGUUAUUUAUGAACACUUUUAAAACAUUGCACUAUUUUGUAAUAUGAGUAACAAGCUGAUGCUUGUAAUAGCAAUGGCCUCCAGUGUCUGCAACAAUGUAUAAGCGAGCUACACGCGUUUGUAGGUAAAUUGCUGGCUCCAUUGGGAAAAGAAAUUGCAUUUAUACUAGAACAUAGAGCAAAGCUAAAGCAUUACAUGACAUUCAAAAGAAAUUCUGUUACAACACUAGAUAAUGGGAUUUGCAAGAAAGCAUGUCUUGUGGCUCUGAUGCGAUGGACCUAAUACUGUGAAUCCAGUGUGCAGUACAGCUCAAACAAAAGACCAUCAGGCUACAAGAUAGUUGGGAAGAUAACCAAAGACGUUAUGUCCUUUUUAUACCCAGUGUGGGGAAAUAAACCAUGAUUUGUGACAGUUUUGGUAUCUUUUGGCAAUGUGCAGAAACACUUUUGAGACCAUUCCCUUUGUCGACACCAGCCUCGUUUAUUCAGCCAGAGAGAUAGGGGAAGGUGAGGGCUGGAGAUGACCAAGUUUAGUUAGCCGUCUGCAGGUUUUGGGACUCUUAACGCAGUCAGAGCAAGGUGCGGUCUUUGCUGCACAAGUGGUUGAAAUAGACUGGAUAGGGUGAAGGGCGGGGUAGAUCAGAUUGACCACCACAAUUAACCUGGAGCUCGAAAUUCCCCAAUUGAGAAAAUGGGGAAAAACAAUAUGGAUGGUGAGUUGGGAAAAGGAAGCUGAGAUCGAAACAUUCUUUUUAGAUCUAUUGGCAUUGUGUUCACAAAAUAACUGAUCACAUUUUUGGAUUAUUUUGGUUGAGAGUCUGACUUCUUCCCUCUCUAUGAAGCUUCAAAGUUGCUCAGUUGGACGAGAAUUGUUGAAUUGUGGAGCCCCACAAUUUGAUGGAGCCUGUUUGCUCUGAGUGGCGCAAGGAGAAAGGAACUGUGGAUUCUCGUUGGUCGAGAAUCCUGGUGGGUUUCCAUUGAAAUUGGGUGUUUGUUACUAGGGAGUUAUUUUUGAAAUGUUGUUCCCUCAUUGUCCAGGUAUCUUUUCAGGAAGGUUUGAAGUUCUCAAUUGUGGCCUGGUGUCUGUAGUGUAACCUUUCCCUGGUAUUCAGAAUGAGCAGUUUCAGUGACUAAAGCUUCCCCCCAAAGUCUGGCUUUCAAAAUGAGCGCACACCUCAAAAUUACAUCCAAUUGCAAUUUGUUGCUUUAUUGACCAAAUAAGGUAGAAAAUGGUGAGUGAAUGUGGUAUGAAUGCAACGUUAUGGUUUUUGGUGGUGCCGACAUGUCACGCUGUGUAUGAUAACUUCCUUUAAACAAGUUCUGAAUGGAGUACAAUGGUAAUCAGCCCCCGAAAGAUGCUCCUUCAUUCUCGAUGCAUGAAACUUGACAAUAACAAGUGGCAUAAAUCACUCUGAUAUUGACGUUCAUACAACUGUCGUCACUAACCUGCUCUUUCAUGGAUACCUCUGGUUCUCUUUGAAACUAUUUAACAUCCAUUGCCCCACAUGAUGGGGAGCAUGGCCCUGCAAAACCUACUGGUAUGCAUGGAUCUCGGACAUUGGCCUGGCUAGAUUCUGGACCAUCAUUUUUUUAAAUUGUCUCUAGACAGUCCAAGUAAACCAGUGCUGGAAGAACUUGUGUGUUCAGACAACAUCUGUGGAGGGAAUGGACCCCUCUUCAGACUGAUCUGUCUGAAGAAGUGGGCCUGACUCAAUGUUGUCUGUUCAUUCUCUCCGCUGAUGUCAUUCUUCCAGCAGUUUGUUUGCUGCUCAAGAUUCCAGCAUCUGCAGCUUUCCUGUGCAUCUCCUGUGUAAGCCAGUGCCCAGCCUUGGUGUGAUGUAGGAAGCAUUCUGCGUCAUAACUGGUGCAUCACUGCUGUGUGCACACCUAGGUGCUUACACACCUGGCUACCCAAGCCAAACUCCGAACCAGCAGGUAGAUACAAAAAGCUGGAGUAACUCAGCGGGCCAGACAGCACCUCUGGAGAAAAAGAAUAGGUGACUUUUCCGGUUGAGACCCUUCUUCAGGCUGAGAGUCGGGGGAGAGGAAAUCUAGAGAUAUGGAGGGGUAAGGUUUGAAAACAACAGACGAUGAUGAGGAAAUGUAGAAUGGUUCAUUGUUAACUGAGGGGAAGGUGACUAGGAGGCAUACAAUCAGUAAAUUAAUCAGAAGGACAGUGAAACUAGUCUGAGAACUAGGAUAGUGGAGGGACGGAGAGAGAGAGACGGAAAGCAAGGGUUACUUGAAGUUAGAGAACUCAAUAUUCAUACCGCUGGGUUGUAAGCUGCCCAAGCGAAAUAUGAGGUGCAGUUCCUCCAAUUUGCAUUGGGCCUCACUCUCGCAGCAGAUAUGUUUUUACACAAACGACGGGAUCAGAUAAUUCACCAAUUUUAUGUUUAAGGAAAACACCCUAUCUAGUGUUACUCCUAAACUGUUUCCUGAUGUUUGAUUUGGUUUAAGAAUACCCUGGAAUUGAAGAUGCAUCCAGUGCCCUUUAUCAAUUCAUCCUCCAUAAAGCACCCAGAGUAGCAAUUUUACCCAUACACACACUUCCCAUUUUGCUCGUAUAUUUUUGAGUUCCUUGUACAUGUUUGGCUUUCCAGCUGGGGGUUUCCAGCUGCAUUCAUUCCCUUUAACUUACCAGAAAUCCUUCCACAUGUGUUUAUGAAUUGCUGUUUCUGUUUGCUCUUGCUGCUUGCUUCUUCAGUGCAAGGAGUGGAGUUCUUGCUUGUGCUGAAUGAACAGGAACCACCCUUCCAACGCUUUCUCUGAAAUUACUGCACUGCCCUUACACUCUCUGUAUUUUAUGAUUUAAGCGUAGUUAUUCCAGUUUGUUUGUUUUUUAAUUACCCGAUUAGGCCGUUUUUGUUUUGAUGUCGGGUCUGUUGAGAGUUCUACAGGCUGGGAGAGGAACUGUGUGCAAUUCGGAAGGGGGAGAAAACGACAUGAGGUUAUUUUUUUUAAAUGUCAGCUUUGUUAACCCCUCCCAGGUUCUGUAAAUGUGCCUCGUUUAAAUUGCUGCUUUGACCAAUUCUUGCCCUUUCUCUUUUUCUCUCUUUCUCUCUGGUGCUGUGUAUAACUUGAAUAUAUUAUGCACAUAUCCUAUGCACAUAUUAUGGAUAUUGUAUGAUUAGCAUGUAGUUAAACAAUAGUAUUAACCAAAUGAAUGGAAUCCGUGACACCUAGCCUGCAGCUCCAUUACAUACUGUUACAGUCUGAUUGAAAUCUGUUCGGUCUGGUGGAGAACGGAUUAAAGAGGAACCAUUGAAAGGCACCGUUAUUUUGCCAGCUUUAUUCCCAAUAUUCGUAUCGCAAUAAACAGCAAUUGACGGU